UGUACUCUCGCUGCAAGCAUCAGAUAUCCGUCCAUACCGCCAUCCAAGUAAACAUCUUCAGCCAUGCCUCCCAAGAAGUCUACCACCGCUGCUCCCAAGAAGACGGCCGCUGCCGCCGCCGCGCCUGCGCAUGGCUCCUAUAUUGAUAUGGUAAAGGAUGCUAUCAUCAAGCUCAAAGAACGUAAUGGAUCAAGCCGUCAAGCUAUCCAGAAGUACAUCAAGGCCAACAACAAGAUCGGCAAUGUCUCCGACACUGCCUUCAAGGGCCACGUCAACCGUGCCAUCACCUCGGGUGAGGAGAAGGGUGACUUCUCGCGUCCCAAGGGUGCCUCAGGAACUGUGAAGCUCGCAAAGAAGGAGGCCAAGCCCGCCGCCGCCCCAGCAGCGAAGAAGGCCGAGCCCAAGACCGAGAAGAAGAUCGUCGAGAAGAAGGCAGCACCAGCAAAGAAGGCCACCGCCACCAAGGCAAAGGCCACCACCACUACCACCAAGAAAGCUGCCGCUCCCAAGAAGACCACCACAGCAAAGGCAGCAGCACCAAAGAAGACCGCCGCAGCACCAAAGCCCAAAGCCAAUGCCAGCAAGCCCCGCAAGACCGCCGCUGCACCCGCCGUCGAGGAAUCAGUGUCCCGCGUCCUCGGCAAGACCAAGUCCGGCCGCGUCACCAAGACCACAGCGCCCGCUGCACCCAAGGCUACGAAGAAGGCUGCAGCACCAAAGAAGAAGACGGCUGCUGCUGCGACGAAGAAAGCCACGCCUAAGAAGGCGACACCCAAGAAGGCUACGCCAAAGAAGGCAUGAGCUUGAGGAGACGUUUUUCUUGUUCGUAUGUGUACCUUUCUCUACCGAGACCCCCCUGAAGGGGGCUUGUAUGUGAUAUCCCCCUUUUCUCUCUCUCUCUCAAUGAUGGCUGGGCUGGGCUGGUGUGGGCGGUAUGGUUAGCUGGGCGUUUAUCUGAGGCGCCGUGUAUAUCUCUCUUUGUUAUUUAUCUGUGGCGGGCCUUUUCAGUUAGAAAGGGGCGCGGGGUUCGUUUCGACGUGAUGUCAUCGUCUGCAUGAGCAAUUGCAAAAGAUUUUAAUUUCAAAA